ACACAUUACCGCAUGCCCUUGCUGCGAGCCUCGAGGCGUAAUGGAGAAAGGAAUGGACCAAUGACAGGCGGCGUAUUUUUUUCCUACUCGCAUCAAUGCCAAGGACCAUGGAGGAUGGCGCCAGACGUCGACAAAGAACUUUCCUAGCUGCGCACACUGGAACGACGAGUAUAAAGGCUGGUUGGUCUCUUCCGGGAAUUCCAUCGCACUUGGAUACUUCUCCCUUGAUUUGCGGGCUAUGGUUAACUUUCCUUCUCUCGUGUCCUUCGUUCUUCUUGCUGCGACUGCCGCUGUUGCGCACCCUGUUGCUGCUCCUUUGAGCAAGGGGGAAGUUGCACGUCGUGGUGAAUUCCAACGGGCUGCUCGUCGUUCGUUAGGCAACUGCCAAGACACCCUUCGCCGUCGCGGACACCUCGAGCGAUCCACCGCUCGUCGUAGGGCUUUGGCAGAUGACCUUCGUCGCAAGCGUGGCCUUCCUACUGAUAAUCUUUACAAGCGCCUCUCUUUGGACGAUGUUUUGGAGACUAGCCAUCUGUCCAACGAGACUGGUUUGACCGUCGACACCAACCCCUUCGAAGGAAACGCGUCAUGUGUUCUCAACCCCGAAACCACGGAAGGCCCGUACUACGUUAACGGUGAAUACGUUCGCUCGGAUAUCACUGAGGAUCAAGAGGGUGUCUACACCUAUGUCGAUGUCGAGCUGAUCGAUGUCUCCACUUGUGAACCCGUUUCCAACGUUUACAUCGACUUUUGGCACUGCAACGCCACCGGUGUUUAUGCUGGUGUUGUAGCUAGUGGGAACGGCGAUUCAUCCGACGCGACCAACUUGAAUAAGACCUUCCUUCGCGGUAUUCAACCGACCAACGACGAGGGAUAUGCCCAGUUCGAGACUAUUUUCCCUGGUCACUAUACGGGCCGCACUACUCACAUCCAUGUCGUCGCGCAUAGCGACGGAACGGUCCUUGACAACAGCACCUUCAAAACCGACACCGUCCGCCACGUCGGCCAGCUCUUCUUCGAUCAAGAUCUGGUCACCGUUGUUGAAGCGACAUCUCCAUAUACGUCUAACACUCAGGUUUUGACCACCAACGAUGAAGAUCAAAUUUUGGCCCAAACUGUUGAAGACGAGACCAACGGCGUUGAUCCUGUUCUUGAAUACGUCUACCUCGGCGUUGAUGUCUCCGAUGGCCUCCUUGCCUGGGGAUCUGUUGGCAUCGACCUGACGGCGAGCUACAGCAUUUCGGCCGCAUCUACUCUGACGGAGGAUGGCGGUGUGGCAAAUGAAAAUUCAUUGGGCGGAGGUGGAGGUAUGGGCGGGGCGCCAAAUGGAACAGAUUUCCCAUCCGGAGCUAUUCCUUCGGACACUGGAGAUCUUCUUGGAUCAUCGGUCGUAUCCUCGUACCCUGCAUCAUCGUCUUCUGUAUCUUCAUUCCUCUCAUCUUCUCUUGCUACCAGCUGCUCCGUCAUCAUCUUCAUUGGCUCCCGUUGCCCCCGUGUCCUCUUCUUCGGCUCUUCCAGUAGCAGCGCCGUCCUCUACUACACCCCAGGGUGGUGCAACUCCUACUCAAACCAGCGGUGGCUCUCCCAGUCAAGGCGGAAACACCGGAAGCAACCAAGGCGGCAAUCACGGCAGCCAGAAUGGAGGCAGCCAAAACGGCCAGGGCAGUCAGAGCGGUAGCCACCAAAAUGGACAGAGUGGGCAGGGUGGUAAUGGCCAACAUGGUCAGAGCGGCGGCCACCAGUUGAACGGCCAGGCCGGAGGUGUUCACAAUGGACCUCAAGGUGGAAACUCAGGAAGUUCUGGUCAUGCCGGCUUUGGUUUUUGGUAAAAUGGUAAUUUAAUGGUGCAGGUCAAGUGCAGGUGCAAAUUUUAAAUAUGCUACGAAAUCACCUAAGUACAUAAUAUAAUAUAAAAGAGUUUGUGUGGCACUCA